AUGGUUUCCUCCGAGAAAGCUUCCAAUCCAGAAAGAAUGGAUAAAGCUGAACUCGUGAUCAAAAUGCCAGAGGAUGGCAGCAAAGAACAUGAUUCAAGUGGAGAUGAAAGAGAAGCCAAUCAAAAUAAUAAAGAAGAAGAACCAACAAAAGAAGUUGUUAUCAUUGAUCCUGAUGCAGUGGAUGUUGAUUUAAGUCAUUGUCGAAUUGGAAAAAUUGAACGCAUGGAAGAAUUAACCAAUGUACAGACUUUGUGUUUGCGACAAAACCUCAUCAAGAAAGUUGAAGGUUUAUCCACAUUGUUGCAUCUUGUUGAUUUGGAUUUGUACGAUAACCAAUUGACAGAAAUUGAAAAUGUCUCUGCCUUAGAAGAUUUGCAACAGUUGGAUUUUUCUUUCAAUCGAAUAAAAAAAAUUGAAAAUUUGGACAAUCUCAAGAAACUGGUCAAGUUAUUUUUGGUGAACAACAAAAUUACAAAAAUUGAGAAUUUGAAAACUUUGACAAACCUACAAAUGCUUGAAUUGGGGUCAAACAGAAUACGGACUAUUGAGAAUUUAGAUGGCCUAACUAAUUUGACUGGACUGUACCUUGGGAAAAAUAAAAUCACUAAAAUUGAAGGUUUGGACAAACUUGUUAACCUCACUACUCUGAGCUUACAGAGCAAUCGUAUAAGAAAGAUUGAAGGCCUUGAAUCAUUAGUAAACCUUGAUGAACUCUACCUGAGUGACAAUGGUAUUGAUAAACUGGAAGGAUUGACAAACAAUGUGCAACUAACAGUUCUGGACUUGGCUUGUAAUAGAAUCCAAAAGAUUGAAAAUGUCAGUCACUUAAAAAAUUUAGUUGAUUUCUGGUUCAACAAUAACCAAGUUUUCAACUGGGAUGAUUUACAGGAAUUGGUCUCUCUGUCAGAAUUGCGGACUGUUUACCUUGAACAAAAUUUGAUAUGGUAUGAUCAGAACAAAAAGACACGUCAGGAUCCUUCCUAUCGACGGAAGGUGAAGCUUCUGCUCCCUCAAUUGACGCAAAUUGAUGCCACAUAUUGUCGUUAG